AUGCAUGAAGGUGACGCUCUGCUGGCUGGUCCUUCCUCAUCUCCAGCAUCCCCUGGACAGAACGGAUCAAAGAUACCCGGACCUGCGAGUUCUCCACCCACGGCGGUUCAUCCUCAGACCACAACCGCAGAGAGUUUGGCUCAUAGCAUCAGAAGCAAGUUUCUGAAUGAGCUACAUAAAGUCCCAUUACCAUCCUGGGCUCUGGUGGCCCUCGGCUUCCUCAUUGUCCUCAUCACACUCAGCUGCUGCCUGUGUUUCUGCAAGAAGAUGAUAUUUAAAAAGAAAAAGGGUGGGAAAGAUAAAAAUGAAAAGAACAACAUUAACCUGUCAAACGUGAAAGAGGAUGGAACAAAACAGGCUUUUCAUCACGGCAAUGAUUCUGAUCACAAGGAGGAGGAUUCUGAAUCUAAAGAGCCUCCAAAACUUGGAAAACUUCACUAUACCCUUGACUACAACUUCACUGACAGCGCGUUAGUUGUAGGUGUGGUUGAGGCAGAAGGUCUUGCUGCUAUGGAUAUGAGCGGCACUUCAGAUCCAUAUGUGAAAGUCUACAUCCUCCCUGACAAAAAGAAAAAGUUUGAGACAAAAGUUCACCGCAAAACACUGGAUCCGACUUUUAAUGAGCACUUCACCUUUAAGGUUCCAUACGCAGAGCUCGGAGGAAAGACGCUGGUCAUGACAGUGUAUGAUUUCGACCGUUUCUCCAAACAUGACGCUAUUGGGGAUGUGAGGCUGCAGAUGAACAAAGUGGACUUCAGUCAGCUCACAGAGGAAUGGAGAGAACUGCAGAAAGCAGAGAAAGAAGAGCAUGAGCGGUUAGGUGAUAUUUGCUUGUCUCUGCGCUAUGUACCGACUGCUGGAAAGCUGACUGUUGUCGUUCUAGAGGCCAAAAACCUAAAAAAAAUGGAUGUGGGUGGCCUCUCGGACCCAUAUGUAAAAAUCCACCUGAUGCAGAACGGCAAAAGGCUGAAGAAAAAGAAAACCACAAUUAAGAAGAACACGCUGAACCCGUAUUACAACGAAUCCUUUAGCUUUGAAGUGCCAUCUGAGCAGAUUCAGCAACGCCAUUGGUCAGAUAUGUUGGCCAAUCCAAGAAGACCCAUCGCUCAGUGGCACGCCCUUAAACCUGAAGAGGAUGUGGAUGCUGAACUGAUAAAGAAAUGAAGCUACGCGUGUGAGCCUUUCUGGACACGCAUAUUCAGUGGUUGCUUUCAUUUGUGAAGUUUGUGUAUAUGUGUGCAUGUUUGCGUACGCUUUUCUUUCAGCCACAUUUAUAAUCAAAAGCGCAUUCAUUUUUGGUACCUUGUACGAAGAUAAAGGAGAAAAACUGUACUGGACAACAUGAGACAGCAUUUACAAUGCAACUGCAAGAAUAACACAUUCUUGAUUAAAACACAAUAUUCAUGAGGAAAUUAUGUAAACCAGAAUCAAAUCCAUUGGUAUUUGAUUGGUGAAAAGUAGGUUAUGACAUUAUUGAUAUUAUUUAAAUAAUGUCCCCCAAUGAAUUGUGCAUAAGAGC